AUGCCCACUUGGCCCAAUCACUCGGAGUGCGUCUCCAUCAACUGCAGCUGGGAGAAGAUCCCCAACGCCACAUGGAACGAUGACUACGUCCUGCCUCCUCUCAACUACUACUCCAUCCCUCUCCUCACGGCCAUCACCACGGCCUGCACGCUGCUCUUUCUGGUCGGGAUGGCCGGGAACGUCAUGACCAUUUUGGUGGUCAGCAAGUACCGGGACAUGCGGACCACCACCAACCUGUACCUGUGCAGCAUGGCUGUGUCAGACCUGCUCAUCUUCCUCUGUAUGCCCCUGGACCUGUACCGCAUGUGGAGGUACAGGCCCUGGCGCUUUGGAGACGUGCUCUGCAAGCUAUUUCAGUUCGUGUCCGAAUCGUCCACUUACUCCACGAUCCUGAGCAUCACUGCGCUUUCAGUGGAGCGCUACCUGGCGAUCUGCUUCCCGUUACGCGCGAAGGCUCUGGUUACCAAGAGGCGGGUGCGCGCCCUCAUUCUCCUGCUGUGGACAGUGUCUCUUCUCAGCGCCGGACCCGUGUUUGUCAUGGUGGGAGUGGAGCGGGACAGCAUGGGACCGUUCGGCUCGGACAUGAAUGAGACGGGCUUCUCCUUGGGGGGCGGGGGUGACACCCGGGAGUGUAGGAUGACGCACUACGCCGUGGAGUCAGGUCUGAUGGGCGCCAUGGUGUGGCUGAGCUCCGUCUUCUUCUUCAUGCCAGUGUUCUGUCUCACUGUGCUCUACAGCCUCAUAGGACGUCGACUGUGGCAGAGACACCGAGAGACGAGCAUCAGCUCCCGCGUGUCUCACAGGGACAAGAGCAACCGACAGACCAUCAAGAUGCUGGUGGUGGUGGUGCUGGCCUUCGUCCUCUGCUGGUUGCCGUUCCACGUGGGUCGCUACCUGCAGUUCCGCUCACUGGACGCUCCGUCUCCUCUGCUCUCGCUGCUGUCCGAGUACUGCAGCUUGGUGUCGGUGGUUCUCUUCUACCUGAGCGCCGCCAUCAACCCCAUCCUCUACAACACCAUGUCCUGGAAGUACCGGGGCGCAGCGGCGCGCCUCUUCGGCCUCGCCGACAGUCAGCCCCAGCGGGGACGCUCAGCCAGCACCAUGAAGGGAGACGGCUCCAACAGCUGGACGGUGUCUUCAGUCAGCUUCUGA